CUCCUGAUAUUUCAGUGGUGGAGGUUUUGCCCAGCUGCUGGACUUGUGGCUGAGCCUGUCUUCUUCAACUCCGCUUCUCCGUGUGGCAGUACUGCCCAGGCCCACAUCUCCUCCGUGCAGCAUACUGGCCGCUGUCCGUGCAUGCCGACCUUUGGCCGCCAACAGGAAGGUGAUGGAAACCAGCCUUGCCCCGCUCCCGCUUCCAGAGCUUUGAAAUAAACUUUAGCUGUUCAUCCCGAAGAAACUGUACUUCCCAGUGACGCUGCUCCCAUGCCUCAACCUGCCCCUGCUGGAGAGCAGUUUCACUUUGUGGGGAGUCACUGAUUUUGCGGGACCUGGCAAUAUGGUCUUCUUCUUUCCUCUUAGAGGCUCUAUUCUAAAUAUGUCUUCCUUCCGGACCGUAGAUGCAGGUGUAUCUAGAGGGCAGUUGGCUCGCCCAAAAUAGCACCGAAGUCCAGGAGGCAGGAAAGAAACUCUGGCAUUAAAUGAGCUCACACCCUCUCCAGACUCCCACAGUCAUUGUCCCCUCUGACCCUCACAACGCCCAACUGCUAGAGGAGGCUUUGCGCCUCACAUACGACCUUCCCCGUCUUCAGAAAUGAAGACACUGAGAGAGGUCAGGGGACUUUCUCGCCAAGGUCCAGCAGCUAAGAUGUAAAGGAGUAGGGAGAGUCAGGAUUUGUACCCAGGACUUCAAGGCCAUCUCCUUCACUGAAGCUCUCCAAGAAGACGAGUUUGGAGGCUGAGGACCUGAGCUCCUUUCCUCUCGCUUUCACUCACCCGCUGCAGGACUGCAGGCUCCAGGGAGGCAGGCGCCAAGGCCGCCCUCCGCCGGACCCGGUACAAGGCAGGCGCCCCGGGAUGGCAGACUAGGCCAGGACCGAAGCCGAAUCCUUCUUUUGCCUGCGGCAUGGCUAAAUGUGGACCUCGCUCGCUACGGUGCGAACGUGUUGGGUCAAGCUCUAAGCCCAGAAGUGGGGCUCGGCUGGGUCUGAGGCUCCCCGCUCUGGACAGCUUAGAAGCCCGGCGGGGGCGGGCGCAGCCUUAGAGACCUCAGGCGCCGGCCUCGCUGGAGCCGCGCCGCCGCUUCACAUUGCGCACGCGCGGGGCUGGCGCGGGCUCCGCCCCCCGGGUAGGGACCUACAGCGGGCGCGGCGCUGGCGGUCUGCGGCCGGCAGUGUAGACGCCCCUUCGCCGGGACCUGGCACCCGAAUCCGGCCUGCCGGGCCUCUUUGUGCAGCGCCUUGCUGACGCCCAGGGUUCUGAUGUAGAAGCCUACACCAGGGCCUGAGGUUGUGAAACUCAUGGCAGUCCACGCCUGAGAAGAGAAGGCCUGAAAGAGAAGGAAGAACCCAUGGGACUUGCCACGGUUUUGACUUAUAUCUGCAACUCCAAGGCUACAGGCGGGAAGUAAGAACAGUGCUCAAGUGGCAGCAGAUACUGACUAUGGCUUCAUUUCACAGCUUCACACAGCAGGGUAGCAGAAAACAAAGAAUGUAAGAUUGGACACAGUUGCUGCUGUUCACCAACUCUGUGAUCUUCAAAAAGCCAUAUAGCUUCUCCAGACCUGUUAAUCAGGGAAGAAGCAGAUAACUGAAGGCUGGCUUUGAGAAGUUUCGAGUGUUACCUGGAAUGUCAGAGAGCUGAAAGCAGUCAUAUUUUGGGAUCAUGCACCUACUGUGGCAGUAUAUAAAGAAAGAUAAUUAAGUAUGCACCCAAGAAGUAGCUGCGCCCCUACCCAUCACAAACUGUAUAGAAGGAUAUCUCCUAAGGAUUUUAUCAUGUGAAAACUUUCUGAAUUUUAGUUGGCUCUUUUUAGAAAUGCAGAUAAGAUGAAGGAUAUUGGACAGCAGCUAUACACUACACACUUGAACGGCGGACAUAAUUCCUUGACCAUGUCACCCAAACAGCCUGAUGCUAAUGGAGCACCUCGGCCAAAUAGACAAGAAGCACAAACCCUUUUGUAUCAAGGCUCAGAGGCAGAGGCUGCCAUGAUGACCAUUGCUACAUGUGCAAAGUGCAAAAGUGUUCACAAGAUCUCUCUUCAAGAUUUGCAGAAGGGUACAGGGAAGGACGGUAUGUAUGUCUGCUUCCAGUGCAGCCUCGGUGCAGCUCCUCCCAAUUUUCAUUUUGUGAGCAAUAAUCCCAGUGCUACUCAUGUUGGAAAUAAAACUGAAAACUUCUCAUGUUCUGUCAAUAACAAAUUUAAGGUAAGGAACUUUAAGCCAGGCAAAUACUAUUGUGAUAAAUGUCGAUUCUCUACAAAGGACCCGCUGCAGUACAAAAAGCACACCCUUCAACACGAGGAGAUUAAAUUCAUUUGUUCUCACUGCAGCUACAUUUCGUAUACGAAAGGAGAGUUUCAGAGGCAUUUGGUGAAACACACAGGCAUAUUUCCUUAUCAGUGUGAGUAUUGUGACUAUGGUGCUAUUAGAAAUGAUUAUAUUGUCAAACACACGAAGAGAGUACAUGAAAGGGCAGGUGCGAAACGGCCAGUCAAAGCUGUUGCCAAGCUGGAGCCAAAAAGAACCGGAACUUCAAAACAAAACCCAGAGCUUCUGAAAGCUUCCAAUCCACGGACUACAUUUCAAAAUAAGUGGUCAGACCAACUGUCAGGUUUCUCUCUGCAUGCAAAUAAAGACAAAAUGCACAAUAUCAUGUUGUUACCUGAACCAAAGGAAUACCAAAAAGAUGUAGUUUGUAUUCCAAAUAAAAUGACCCUGUCUGAGCCAAAUGAAGUCAACCUAUUCGAGAACAAAAAUGUUGAAGUAGAAGUGUUAUCUCCUGCAAAAGAACCUGUUCAGCCAGGUAUGCCAUUGACAGUUGUUGCACCAGCAGAACUAGUUGUCCCUGCAAACUGUUUAGCCCAGUUGAUAGACGUGAAAGUUGUCAAUGGUACACAGCAGCUUGUUCUGAAACUGUUUCCGCUGGAAGAAAAUAAUUGCCUUGAAGCUGGGAGGGAUAAUGGAGAUAAUUCUGAACGUAUGGUGAAAGAGAAGGGUUCAAAUGAACAAGAAAAAGUACUUUCUGCAGAAAAAACAAAGUCACUGACAGUUGACGGGAAUGUUGGAAAACUCGUAGGCAUUGAUAGUUUUCAACCUUCAGUUCAGAAACAGCUUAAAAAUGUGAAAUGGGUAAGGUCUUAUGAUUUUAUUAUGCCAAAUUCUAGUGUGCACAACAAUGGAAAAUCCUUCAUUAAUUCGGAAACAAUUGAGGAUUUUCAGAAAAAAAAUAAUUUGUAUCCACAUAGAACUGCUUUUCCUUCCGUUGCCUUAAAAGGUCAUUCUCUAGCAUCUGUAUUUAAAAACAGUGUUUUACGUAGUCUUGGAGCCGCAUCAAACCCUUUUCCAUAUAAAGCUGCUGUUUGUUUUGCUGAAAAUGGAAGAAAUUUACACAGUAAUUCACAGCAGUUACUCCCAUUUGCUGCAUCACCUGCAACCUGUUCCUUCUCUGGAGAAAAGGGCUUAUUGCCUGUAAGUGAAAAUGACUUGGAAUCUACAAGUAAAGUCAAUAUUCCUGUAAAAAUGGUUUCCUCUAAUAGGAAGCAGGAAGAUAACCAGACAGAGGAACACAAGGCAGUUUCAACUGUAGGCCAGAUUUCCUCUCAACAUAAGAGUGAGUAUUUACAUAUAAACAUAACUGGAGAAGAUAGAUCUCAACAGCCUGGGGAUAAGCCUUUGGAAUUAAAGCAUUCUGAAAGGACUAACAACACUCAUGAUGGCCCAGUCAUCUCAUCAGUAUUUUCUCUGAGCUCUGGAUCUGAAAAUGUCCCCGAGGGCAUUAAGUGGAAUAGCUCAACGUCUAAAAUAAAGUCAAUUGAACUGUUGCGCAGAAAGAUAGCUCAGUUAAUUGAGUCCUGUGGCAAGCCGUCAUCUUUGGCUUCAAAUAGUGCACAUCGUCGCUCUGUAGGGCAGGCAUCAAAGGGAACUUCAAAAGCUACCUCUGAAGGUAUUCAAGAAAUCAACGUGUCACUCACUGGUCCUGGCCAUUCCACAGGUACUCUUCAGAAACCUCCGAAUGAUGGUGGUAUUACUGGUAAUAGACAGCUUACUCAUCAACAAAUAUAUCCACACUUUGCAGAUGGCAGUAAUAGGAAAACCAAAAGCAGAGUGGCCAGGAAGGCUCAUGUUGCCACGCCAGUGUUAAUCCCCAAAGGGGCUGUGUUGAGGGUUCUUAAUUCCUCUGAGAAUGCCCACAUCAUUGAGGCUACAUGUGAAGCACCUGUCAGCAUACCUUGCAGUGAAACACAGUUAAUAAAACCGGUUCCAUUUUGCCCUGUGAGACAGGUGGACUCAGACUUACAGCCUUUAAGAAGUGAAAGGGGGCCAAUAGAUAUGUCCCCAAAUAUCAAGACACCUCUGCAGCCUAAACUGAGAAAAGAGAGUGCUGUCUGUAGCACCAUCCAUAGAAAAACUGGCCUCUUGUAUGGACAGCAAGGAAGCAGUGAAUUAAAUAAGCAAGGGAGACUGCUUUCCAGAAGUCUUUCUAUAAGUAGAAAUAAAACCAAACAAGUACACUUAUCCAGGAAGAAAAACAAAAUUCAAGCUGAACCCAGCCGCUGUCUCAAGGAUCCUUCAAUUUUUCAGGUUGCAAGGCAACUAAGACUGAUAGCAGCUAAGCCAGAUCAGUUGAUUAAGUGUCCCCGUCGGAACCAGCCAGUCAUUGUGUUAAACCACCCUGAUGUGGACUCACCAGAAGUGACCAAUGUGAUGAAGGUAAUAAAUAAAUACAAAGGCAAUGUCCUCAAAGUUGUUUUAUCAGAGAGGACUAGGUGUCAGCUAGGCAUCAGACGGCAUCAUGUACGCCUGACCUACCAGAAUGCAGAAGAAGCCAGUCAAAUUAAAAGGCAAAUGAUGUUGAAAAUGAAACUCAAAAAAGUUCAUAAAAACAACUACGAGGUAGUGGAUUCCUUGCCUGAUGAUUCUUCACAGUGUGUAUUUAAGUGCUGGUUUUGUGGGCGACUGUAUGAAGACCAGGAAGAGUGGAUGAGUCAUGGCCAACGGCAUUUGAUAGAAGCAACUAGAGAUUGGGAUGUUCUUUCCUCCAAGGGCAAAUAAGUAAACAGUUACUCUUUAAAGCAAGUUAUCUUUUAGUUAAUUCCGGUUUGGAGUCCCUCCACCAAGAUUCAGUAGAAGAAAUACAGACUGUAGAAAUGAGAGGACUGCUAAUUCUUCAGAACUGUAGGAAUAUUGGGAGCUAGGAGUCUGAACCUGAAGUAUGUGAUUGGACCCCAGAAUGUAUUUGAAGGCUCUGAAAUUGUACAUGCAAAUUGGUACAUAUGCAUUUUUCUGGAGAGAGCCUGUGAAACUGAACAGAUUUUCAGUGGGAUCUGAGACUUUUCUUUGUUUAGCACCCCGUUUUCUGAGUACAUACAGAUCUUUCAUAAUCCAUUCAGAGGGGCAGAUUGAGAAUGUUUUACACAUGCUCUUCAUAUAAAUGCUACAGAAAAAUCUUUGUUUUGGUGUGCACAUCCAUUUUGUUUUUGCUUUAAUUUGUGUUCUGAGUAUUUGGUGCACAAUGGAAAUUAUAUUUUCUACUUUACUGUCUUCAAUUUGGUUAUAGAGAAAUGGCCAUUCUUUUACUCCCUCCCUGGUUUUGUAAUACUCCCGAGUGUUCCGUAUAGCACAAAGAGUUUUGCUUUUACUGGCCAUUUUAAAGAAUGUUUUCAACUGCUUGCCUGAAUUUACUCCUUUCACAGCAAGUGUUAGAAGAAAGAUAACAUUUUCAAAUACUUAGCUUUUGCUUUCUUUAAAAUACAUUGGUUUAUGACAUAUGGGAAGGGAACGUGCCUUUUUGCAAAGACAAAAAGAUUACAAAAGGAAAAUAUCUAAAACUAUUUUCUCUUUGCCCUUACCACUCCCAGAAACAUAAGUGACCCAUUUAAAAUGCUAGGGAACAGGCUUACAACAUAGGUAAAACUCGCAAACACAGUUCAAGGUAGGCUCAUAAAGUUGUGAAAGGGGUUUCAUAUGCCCUUUAGUUUUCAUUUGGGAUUCAUCCAAAGACCAUGGGUGGAUGCUGUCUUCUCUCUUCUUGAUCCCUUUGAUUCAUGGACACUAGACUCCCUUUGCCAUUUCUUCUGAACAGGCCCUCCUGUGGACUAGCACAACUUCCUUGCCCACUGUUUCUUCCUUUCUGUGCCUUUGAGACCCCUUAAGGUUUUCCCUCAUGAGAUUACUAGAAAAUGGCAGGAAUCAACAAAGUGGAGACCUCCCACUGUUUUUGCUAAAGUUACAGGAACAUGAUCCCUAGUUUUCAUUGAUAGUAAAGCUGUUUCUGAUUUGUCUUAACCACAUUCAUGCUUACCCUGCUGCUCAGCUUUCUCAGGGAAGCAACUCCAGGAACACUCCUUCCACUCCCCUCUCUACCAACAGAUGUCAGGACUGUCAUUUAUCUACACAUUUGUGUUCUUUAGAAAAAGGCCCACCCCCUGCACAAGCACAGCCUCUUGGGCAGAUAGGUGGCUGGGUCAAUGCUUAAGACAGGAUUCUAGUCUUCACUUGCCUGUGCAGUUGGGCACUGACCUUCCAGGUAGAGCACAGAUGGCACAACCCCGGGGCAGCCCCAACUUGCAUUUCCCUCCCUCCAGGGGCUAUUCCUGUCUUAGGCGAUUUGUGGGGUGCAGUGAAUGAAACUAAAGAGUUGUUGCACCUGAAAAAGACACCAGUGAUUUUUUAUUGGGUAGUCGAUUGGAGACUUUGUUUUUUUUUUUUUUUCACAUGGGAAAGUCUUAGAUUCCAGUAGAUGGAAUUGCAAUCCUUUGCAGUUUGUUCUCAUUACAGAUAAUCAACAUUUCUUUUGUAUAAUUCAAUACAUGAUCAUCAAGUUAAUUGGUAAAUUUUUAUUGAAAAUUAAAACUUGCAUUUUUAUAUAUGUGUAUGUGUACACAUAAAAAUAUUUUUUACCAUAUGAAAAUUGCAGUAGCUAAUUUUCUGAUUUCCUAUUUUAUAAUGAUACAUGGGCUGGAAAAAUGUAGAACGUUUUUAUAUUCUAGAAAUUUAUUUUGGAAGUACAUUUUUAUAAGGGUCUAAUCUCACUUUUGGAAAAUGAAAGCACAGGAAUGAUGGGGUCUGGUUUGUGUGAACAAGUGAGUAGAAACCCCUGUGGAUCAUUUUAUUACUGCAUUUUUAUUUGGUGCUUUUUAGGAAGUAGAUCUUUGGUACCACUUCACUACGUAAAGUAGAGCAUUCGAAGUUUUAUCCAUGUUAUAUAUUGUACUCCUGUGGCAUGAAAAAUAGCUCCCAAGAUACGGAGAGGAGAGGAGUGAAGAAAAGGCUGUGGUUUUUUUUGUUUUGUUUUGUUUUUUUGCCACUUUUUUAUCUCCUAUUCCUCACCACAUAGUGCUUUUUUCCUGAAAAGCUGGACUGAGAAUUGGCCUUGAAUCAGGUCAGAGUGUUAACAUGAAGUAUUUUCACUUCGCAGCAUCAACUGUUUUUCAAGCAUUAGCUAAAAACACAACUUGCAUACUUUGAUGGAGCUUAAUUGUGUGAGUAGAAUACGUAGCAAAGCUUUUUAGGAUUUUCAGAACUAGAAUACUUUUUAAGGAAUUAAAAGUGUUUCUGGAAGUCAAAAAUGGGAAAGCAAAAAGUAGCUGUCCUCCCUAAAGAGCUUUAGAAGAUAGCUUAACCUGUAGGUACAUGUUAUGAAAUAAACACAUUUCUAACAAUACAAGGGAGUAGGGGCAGACCUGUGUUGAGUAUUUGUGUGGGUUCUUAAUUUUGAAGGACCUCCAAUCACUACAUUUUGUUAAUACUACCAAUAAAAUCAUUUUCAACUUAUUUUUUAAAGUAGGUUUUCUUACUUUGGUGGACCAGAAGUGAGAGAUUGUUAAAUUUAGGAUAUAGGCAAAUACAGUAAAAGUUAAAAAAAACCUGACCCAAAGUAUACUCUAAUAGACUAUAUUAUAUUCAAUUUUGUAUCCCCAGUCCAGAACAUCUUGUAAGCCUUCAUUAAGGGCCACCUGCUAUCUGUUGAACUAGACUGAACAAAAUAUAUUGUCUCACAAGCUCCAUCCCUUUUUCUUUAGGACAUGUUAUAUAAUCCAUCCCAGAAGUUGAAGAUGUGAUGUUGCUCGGCCUUUGGAAUAAUUUUUAAAUCUGUAAAUGUCUAUAUGAGCAGAAACAAAACAUUGUGUAACAUGUUUUAAGCAUUAUUGUAAUUCCUGUGUUAACAGUUUGUGUGUCUGCUGCUCUGGUUUUGAAACAUGUUUGUAUAUAGAUAUAGGAGUUGGCAUAAAUUUUGUUAAAUAAAGCAACAAAAAUUU